CGCGAGAUUUCCCGCGAGACUUGGGUGAACGCGAGAAUAACUGUCGUCGUUUCUCUUCCUCCUAUCGGUUUGUUUUCGAUCAUAAAUCCCGGUAGGAGAUCCUCCCGAUAUGCCAGGGUUACUCACAGUCCGCGUGGACAGCUUCAGGUGGGCCUUCAUGUUGUCCUACCCGUUAUUCGGAUAACCCCCGUCUGAUCCUGCAUUAAAAGAAAAACUCCGCCGUAGGAUCUUAUAAUCUAGGCCGUCCUAGUGCAUUCAGGGAAGGAGUUUUUCAUCGCUUGCUAAAACUAAGUUACAGCAGUGGCGGCGGCCUCUGUAUACAACCCGGGCUCAAUGGCGUCGGACACAAGCGACACGGAGGAGUUUUACGAUGCGGCGGAGGAUGUCAACUUCACUCCCUCACCUCAUGCGUCACCUGCAAAGUUUGAACUUCCUCAAUCUGUGGGUCUUGCAGAGAAUGUGGUACAGGAAGUCACUGCUGGAUUGGGUCAGGCAGAUUCCCGCCAAGACGAUUCCCUUCAGAUCAUUGACAGUAUUAUAGAGGAGAGUCAGAAGACCAAUGGAAUAGAAGAUCGGUUAUUAAGAGGAGAGGAAAUGUGUGCAACUGAAACCGAGAGGAUCCCAAGAGCAGAAGGCUGCAGUGUUGAAGAAAACCAGGCUUCUGAGGUUGCUGUGGUACCUUCAGACGAUUCUGAUCAGGUGCCACAUGAUACUACUUCACCUGAGCAGCUGCCAGAUGUAAGACCAAAGGAAGUGAUGUCACAGGACAUUCAGGAUAGAGCACCAGAUGUGGCAGAUGGCGCUCAAGUGGGUCGGGAGCAAGCUAUGCCACCCCCUCCUGACAUUACUAGUGCUUUGGGUCAGCCGUCACAGCAUUCCUCUCUGGCCUGUGCGGAAACUCCUAAAACAGCUGACAUUUUAGAACAAGUCCCGUUGACUGAACCCGAUGGCCCUGGUCCUUCCAAACCUCCCAGACAGUUUACAGUGGAGCCUGACAUUGUUGCUAGCACCAAGAAGCAGCCACCCUCAAGGCCACCCCCACCUGCUGGGGCACCACCUCCUAGGCCGCCUCCCCCUUCACGGCCCAAUUUACCACCUAGUAAAAAGUCACAGGAAGUGAUGCGACCAGCUGGGCUUGAGGUUUCCGUAGAUCCAGCAGAUGAACCAUGUGGAUUGGUCAGCCCUAGUGCCACAGUGCGAUGUAUUACUAAAGAACUCCAGCACUCCCUGGAUCUCGCUAGCGCCACUAGUGGUGACAAAGUGGUCACUGCACAGGAAAAUGAUGAGCAGGCAUCCAGUCCCGAUGGCAAUGAGACUCCUGGGCCUCAAAGACCAAGAUCAAACUCGGGCAGAGAGCUUACAGAUGAGGAGAUUCUAGCAAGUGUUAUGAUUAAGAAUCUGGACACUGGUGAGGAGAUCCCAUUGAUCCAGGCCGAAGAGAAACUACCCACUGGAAUCAACCCUCUUACACUGCACAUCAUGAGGAGAACCAAAGAGUAUAUCUCAAAUGAUGCGGCACAGUCAGAUGAUGAUGAAAAAUCCCAGCCUUCCCUUACAGACACUGAUGGAGGGAAACUCAAACAGAGGACAACGCAGCUGAAGAAAUUUCUAGGGAAAUCAGUGAAGAGGGCAAAGCACCUGGCAGAAGAAUACGGCGAGAAAGCCGUGAAUAAAGUCAAGAGUGUUCGAGACGAAGUAUUUCACACAGACCAGGACGACCCGUCCUCCAGUGACGACGAGGGGAUGCCGUACACACGACCAGUCAAGUUUAAAGCGGCACACGGCUUCAAAGGGCCUUUUGACUUUGAUCAAGUCAAAGUGGUGCAGGACCUGAGCGGAGAACACAUGGGUGCCGUCUGGACAAUGAAGUUUUCUCACUGUGGGAGGCUGUUGGCUACAGCGGGGCAGGAUAAUGUAGUUCGGAUCUGGGUUUUGAAAAAUGCCUAUGACUAUUUCAACAACAUGAGAAUAAAAUACAAUACAGAAGGACGUGUAUCCCCGUCUCCAUCUCAGGAGAGUCUGUGUUCAUCUAAAUCAGAUACUGAAGGAGGGUUUGGAGUCGGAGUAGAGGACGCAGACACUGAGGAUAGAAACGUACCAUUCCGACAAGUUCCUUUCUGCAAGUACAAGGGUCAUACUGCUGACCUGUUAGAUCUCUCCUGGUCAAAGAACUACUUCCUCCUGUCUUCAUCUAUGGAUAAGACUGUUCGCUUGUGGCACAUCUCCAGGAGAGAGUGUCUAUGCUGCUUUCAGCAUAUAGACUUUGUUACAGCCAUUGCGUUUCAUCCCAGGGAUGACAGAUAUUUCUUGAGCGGUUCUUUGGAUGGAAAGUUGCGGUUAUGGAAUAUUCCAGAUAAAAAGGUGGCACUGUGGAACGAGGUAGACGGACAGACGCGUUUGAUCACAGCGGCUAACUUCUGCCAGAACGGAAAAUAUGCGGUUAUUGGCACAUAUGAUGGACGCUGUAUUUUCUAUGACACAGAGCGCCUUAAGUAUCACACCCAAAUCCACGUUCGCUCCACAAGAGGCAGGAACCGCGUGGGCCGCAAAAUCACAGGUAUCGAGCCACUUCCUGGAGAGAACAAGAUCUUGGUGACGUCAAACGAUUCGCGGAUUCGCCUGUAUGACUUGAGAGAUUUGUCGCUUUCUAUGAAGUAUAAAGGCUAUGUGAACAGCAGCAGUCAGAUCAAAGCCAGUUUCAGCCAUGACUACUCUUUCAUAGUGAGCGGCUCAGAGGACAAGUAUGUGUACAUCUGGAGCACAUACCAUGACCUGAGCAAAUUCACUUCUGUGCGGAGAGACCGCAAUGACUUCUGGGAAGGAAUUAAAGCUCAUAAUGCAGUGGUGACUUCAGCUAUUUUUGCUCCGCAUCCGGAUCUUAUUGUGCCUCAGGAGGCAGGAGCAGAGAAGCCUGACUCAGACUGUAAGAGUGACGACACGGAUGACUCUGAGACCAUCCCAUCAGGGGCACUGAAAACAGACCACUCUGAAGUUUUGCUUUCUGCUGAUUUCACUGGAGCCAUUAAAGUCUUUGUCAACGUUAAAAAAUAUUGAGCGCUUACGAACAGAACACCCAGCACACGUGUAAAAAAAACUUGAGGAUGAACGAGAAGACUCUAGCUGUGCCACUUUACAUCUAACUGUGCCCCUAUUUAUUUACCUAUCAGCUGCUGGUGAGUACUCUGAGAGGCGGAGAUUAUAAGCCCCGCCUUAUUUGCAGAGAGCAGGGACCCAGGAAGUUGGAAGGCGGGGACAGCACCAGGGACAAAUGUCUUUACAAUUGAUCACAUUUCUAUCUUGCUUUUACCUUUUUAAUCAUUUGGAGAUGAAUAGUAGCGAGGUAUUAAUGCGUUGUUAUUGAACAGACACAGAAGGGCUUUAAAUGCACAGAUCGAUGAUGCCAUUUUAAUGGACGAGUGAAACUGCAAGCCUGUUUGGAGACAGAAUGGAUAUCAGAAACACACACAGCCACAUUUCAUUUUCCCUGCACAUUCUAACCCCAAAGUCAAGUGUUUUCCAGAAAGUAUCGCACAUUUCCGAACAUUAGCACUAACUAAAUUUCAAUUGAUUUUGUCAGUGUUAUUUUCAUGUUGUAAAAAUAAUUCUGAUUUCUAUGUGGAUGAUUCCAGAAAUAAAAAAAGAUUUUCCCAUGUAUGGUGUUUUAAUCUAUGUACGCAUUAAAACAUUUCAUUUUUCA